AUGUCAGAGAACGACCAAUUGAUCGAAUCGUUCGUCGCUGUGACGAAUGCCUCGCGCUACUUGGCCGAACAGUAUCUUCGCCGAAAUGACAACGACCUCACCACAGCCAUCGAGGACUACUAUUCCUCCAAUGGUGCCAGUGUGAGUCCAGAGCCUCAAGAUGCUUCCAGAAGCCACCGAGCUGGAGUUAGAACGCUUAGAGACCUUGGAAAUGAGAGCGAUGACCCUGAUGACAAGACAAAUGCCAAUUUCUUCACAGGUGGAGAGAAAUCGGCAUUGCAAGUUGAAAAUCCAAAUAAGGACAAAAAGAACGACAACGAUCCGCUGCAGCCCUCGUUGAUUGAGAGGAUUUUCCAGAGAGCAAGAGACCAGAUGCAAGAGCCUGAUGACAGACCUUCGGCCCAGGAUGAGGAAGAGACUCCUCGCCAUUUUUCGGGAACAGGAAUCAAGUUGGGCGACAGUGCUACGCCUCUGGAGCUGCAACCACAGCUGCCAGCACAUGCACCACGGGUACCCAGUAAGGUGAGCAGGGAAAUCACGUUUUGGCGCCAGGGAUUUACGGUGGGUGACGGACCUUUGCAGAGAUACGACGAUCCGGAGAACCAACAGGUCCUACAGGAAUUGAAGAAUGGGCGUGUGCCUGUUUCCGUUUUGGGGGUUGAGUUUGGCCAGGACGUUGAUGUUUCGGUGAUCAAGAAGACCGAAGAGGACUACACCCCACCCAAACGCAAGUUGGGUGGCUUCCUGGGCCACGGUCAGAGAUUGGGAUCUCCUGUGCCAGGAGAGGCCAGCCCAACACCAACAACAGAGUCCCCCGCCCCAGAGAAGGCCAAGCCUUCUGAUGUGGGUACUGGCGACUCGCCAGUGCAGAUCAGAUUUGCCAAUGGAAAGAGAGUGGCCCAUAAAUUCAACUCGACCGAUUCCAUCUCGGUGGUGUACCUGUUUGUCCGUCACCACGAGCUCAAUGACGCACCACUGAGGGCGUUUAUUCUCAGCCAUGCAUUCCCUGUGAAGCCUAUCGAGGAGCUGGAUGGUGUGACCGUCGCCGAAGCCCAGUUGAAGAACGCUACCAUCAUCCAAAGGUGGAAGUAG